GUUCUGCAGGCCCAGCUGGACACCCUGCUCCAGGGCCACGUGGGUAUCGCUGACACCUGUACCCAGACAGAGGAGGCCCUGAGCGGGGAGGCCAGCGCUGCGAGCCUGCAGGCUGAGAGAAGCCUAGGGGAGAGGUUGGGGGAGCUGGCCAGCCAAGGGCUACCAUUCCAGGCUGAGGAGAAUGAUCAGCUGGACUUACUGAUGGAGGCAGACGGGCUGAGGAGGUCUAUCCACAACCUGGGGACUAUUGUCACUACCAGCGCGGUGGCGAGCCAGAGUGAGGCGUCCGGUGUGGGGCUGGAGCAGUGCAUCGUGGGUCUCCCAGCCUGUGUAACCAUAACGACCAGAGACAAGGCCGGGGGACCCUGCAGGAGCGGCAACGCCAUCCUGUCUGCUGAAGUGUGUACCCCAGAUGGUAGCGUAGCGGACGGGGAGAUACUCGACCACAAGAACGGGACAUAUGAUUUUGUUUACACCGUAAACAAGGAAGGAGAGUUCUCAUUGGCUCUCCGGCUCUAUGACCAACACAUCAAAGGAAGUCCCUUCAGACUCAGAGUUACCAGGUCCCAUGAUCCUGAGGAAUCUCCCCCCACCACCACAGCCACCUCUCUGACGGCCACCGCCACCCCGUCUACAGGCUCCUCCGAGGGGGCUAAGCGGAGAGGGAAAUCCCCUGGGUCUGGGAGCAAGAAGAAGGGGUCCAGGAGGACGGGCAGUGCCCUGGGGACACCCAGACGCAGAGAGAACCCCAUCGAAGAUGACCUCAUCUUCAGGAUCGGUUCCAAGGGGAGGAAUAAAGGAGAGUUUACUAACCUGCAGGGUGUGUCAGCGUCCUCCAGUGGCAGGAUUCUAAUAGCAGACAGCAAUAACCAGUGUGUACAGAUCUUCUCUAAUGACGGCGAGUUUAAGAGUCGUUUCGGGGUGAGGGGUCGGUCGCCAGGGCAACUCCAACGACCAACGGGUGUGGCCGUUCACCCCAACGGUGACAUCAUCAUCGCCGACUACGAUAACAAGUGGGUCAGCAUCUUCUCCAGCGAGGGCAAGUACAAGGCCAAGCUGGGCUCUGGUAGGCUGAUGGGACCGAAGGGUGUGUCCGUGGAUCAGAACGGACAUGUGAUCGUCGUUGACAAUAAGGCAUGCACCGUCUUCAUCUUCCAGCCAACCGGCAAGCUCGUUACUAAGUUCGGUAGCCGCGGCAACGGAGACAAACAGUUCGCAGGUCCUCAUUUUGCAGCCGUCAACAACAACAAUGAGAUCAUAGUGACAGACUUUCACAACCACUCAGUCAAGGUGUUCACCCCAGAGGGAGACCUGCUGCUGAAGUUUGGAUCUAAUGGAGAGGGCAACGGUCAGUUUAACGCUCCUACAGGUGUGGCCGUCGACGUGAACGGGAACAUCAUCGUAGCAGACUGGGGCAACAGUCGCAUACAGGUGUUUGACGGUAGUGGCUCCUUCCUGUCCUACAUCAAUACAUCAGCUGACCCUCUCUACGGACCUCAGGGUCUGGCUCUCACCUCUGAUGGACACGUGGUGGUGGCCGACUCCGGGAACCACUGCUUCAAGGUCUACAGAUACCUACAGUAGUGGGAAGGAGGGAGGGGGGGGUGGAGGGAUGGACAGAACCACUGCUUCAAGGUCUAGAAGGUUUACAGACAGGUGGAAAGAAUGAGAGAUGGAGGGAUGGAAGGAUGGAAGGAUGGAGGGAGGGAGAGAUGGAAGGAUGGAGGGAGGGAGGGAGGGAGGGAUGGAGAGAUGGACAGAACCUAACUCUCGGCUCGCCAAAAUGAUGUCACUGCCCUCCCCCCCUCCCCCCGUGCAAAAGUCUCCAAACACGGCUCAAUAUCAAACCAAUCUCAACCAGUUUAUCUGCUCUUACACCCAUGUACUGCUAUGGAUUCUACAGAAUAAUUAUAUAGAUUGUUCGAUUGAGGAUCGUUGUCUGCUAAAUCAAUAAGGAAUGCUCAGUACUGUUGAAGAACGUGGCUAUGGUUAUUCUAAUACUCCACAGAGAUACCAAUCAAUCAAUCAAUCAAUCGAUUCAUUAUUGAUGAUUGGUUGAUGGAUUGAUGGAUUGAGCUAUCAGGCAGCUUGCGACGUUACGCUUGGAUGAGGUAUAUAAUCAACCAUCAAUUUUUUCCGAAAAAAAAUACUGAGUGCGUCCCAAAUUGCUCCCUAUGGGCUCCGGUCUAAAGUAGUGCACUACAUAGGGAAUAGGGUGCAAUUUGGGACACAGACACAGUCGCAAGAGAAAAUGUGUAUAUAUAUUUGUGAAAUUAUCUUUAUUAUUAAUACUGAUCAAUAACUGUUUGCAAACUAAGUCUCAUCAGUGGCGUUUUCAACCCCCUCAUUAGAAAAAUGAAGAGGAAAUAUUAGACCCAGGGCUCGAUUCAAUCCGUAUUUUUGUUGUUGGUGUUGUAUUUUUCUCCCCAAUUUUGAUCUUGUCUCAUUGCUG